UUUUUCGUUGCGUUGCAAACUUCAACACUUCAACUUCAGAAUGAGAAUGUCAUCCGGUCUUCAGGGUUCAGUUUAGCCGCCUGCUGCCUGUGACUGCGAUUUCGGCUACUUGAACAAGCAUCUACCACGUAUAGUAUUGCAUUUCAUGUUUGAUCGUGUUCGAAACGCGUUCGGAAGUCUUCAAUCGCUGCUUAACCUGUGUAACGCCGGCCGGGUCGCUGGAACGCGUCCCUGCGGCCGACAUUGGUUAAAAACUCAGUUUCCGAGUGUGGUUUGCGUAUUAAUAUGCGAAAACAACCCGCCGACGAUUUGUGAACACAUGCACUGUGAGACAACGCGACGCAAGGCGACGAAAAUACAUUUUUAGUUCUCUGCACACAACUUUGAGCAUCAACACCACACAAUCAUGGCUAGUGUCUCCUACCAGAUUGCAAAUCUUCUUGAGAAGAUGCAAUCUUCUGAUAAAGACUUCAGAUUUAUGGCCACCAAUGAUUUGAUGACCGAGUUACAAAAUGACAGCAUCAAGUUGGAUGAUGAUUCUGAGAGGAAAGUUGUGAAGAUGUUGCUUAAACUGCUAGAAGAUAAAAACGGCGAGGUUCAAAACCUUGCUGUCAAAUGUUUGGGUCCUUUGGUGAACAAAGUCAAAGAAUUUCAAGUGGAAACCAUUGUGGAGAACCUCUGCUCCAACAUGAUAUCGGAAAAGGAGCAGUUGAGGGAUAUUUCUAGCAUUGGCCUGAAGACUGUGAUAUCUGAACUGCCACAGGCUCCUGGAGGAUUGUCCGGUAAUAUUUGCAAGCACAUUACUUCAAGGUUAACUACAGCUAUUGAGAGGCAAGAAGAUGUAUCAGUCCAAUUGGAGGCCCUAGACAUCGUGGCUGAUCUUCUCGCGCGUUUCGGCAAUGUACUCUCUUCAUUUCACGGUUCAAUCCUAACGGCUCUCUUUCCACAACUUGAAUCACCACGUCAAGCAGUCCGCAAGCGCUCAAUCGCCGCGUUAAGUAAUCUUGUCCUCUCUUGUAACUCACUUCUGUAUGCCAAACUCAUCGAUCACCUGAAGAUUGGCCUCUGUAAUCCGAACAACAAUAGUAUGCAAACGCGCACUUAUAUUCACUGCGUCGCUGCUGUGUGCAGACAAUCUGGUCAUCGUUUUGGCGAACACAUCGAAACCUUCAUCCCGCAUAUUCAACAGUACAUACAAACCGAUGAUGAUGAACUACGAGAGUUUUGUCUGCAAGCGUUUGAAUCGUUUGUCAACCGAUGCCCGAAAGAAAUCACGCCGCACAUCGCAAUGGUCACUGAAUUAUGCCUCAAAUAUAUCACACACGAUCCCAAUUAUAACUACGAUGAAGAUUAUGAAAACGACGGUGUUAUGGAUACAAUCGAUGGGGAUGACGAUGAAGACGAAGAUGAAAACGACGAAUACAGCGAUGACGACGAUAUGAGCUGGAAAGUACGCCGGUCAGCUGCAAAGUGUCUGGAAUCCAUUAUAACAUCACGACAUGAAAUGCUCCCGGAGUUUUAUAAGGUGCUGUCACCUGCGUUGAUCGCCAGAUUUAAAGAACGCGAGGAAAAUGUAAAAUCCGACAUUUUUCACGCUUACAUUGCACUUUUGAAGCAAACAAAAUCUUCAGUGAGUGUCAGCAUUGAUCCGGACUCCAUGGAACAAGAAACACCAGUGUAUCUUCUACAACAACAGGUUCCUGGUAUUGUGAAAGCAGUCAGCGUGCAAAUGCGUGAGAAAAGCAUCAAAACACGCCAAGAUUGUUUCUCACUUCUCAAAGAACUCUGCACAGUUCUGCCUGGAUCACUCACAGCACACAUCGGGGAACUUAUUCCGGGCAUUCAAUAUUCUUUGGGCGAGAAGAACUCCAGUAGUAAUAUGAAAAUCGACGCGUUGUCGUUUAUUUACUGUCUGUUAACCACACAUCGCCCGCCUGUUUUCCAUCCGUAUAUCGAUGUUCUACUGCCGCCAGUCAUAAACGCGGUGGGUGAUAAUUUCUACAAGAUCACUGCAGAGGCUUUGAAUGUUUUGCAAGAGAUGGUGAAGGUUAUUCGGCCGUUAAAUGCUCCGUGCAGUUUUGAUUUCACGCCGUUUACUAAUCAGAUUUACAGCUGUACAUUGGUACGGUUGAAAGCAACGGAUAUUGAUCAGGAGGUGAAGGAGAGGGCGAUCUCCACAAUGGGGCAGAUUAUUUGUAAUCUGGGUGAUUAUUUACGCAAGGAGUUGGAUAUGUGUUUCCCGCUGUUUUUGGAUAGAUUGAGGAAUGAGAUUACAAGACUUACGACUGUCAAAGCGUUGACGAAUAUUGCUGGUUCGCCGUUGAGUAUUUCACUACCAAUAAUUGAUGAUGCUAUACCGAUUUUGGGUUCAUUCUUGCGUAAAAAUCAAAGAGCGCUGAAACUCAGCACACUCUCUCUACUCGACUGUUUGAUCAAAAACUACAACGCCAGUUUCAAUUUUGUCCUGCUACAGCAUGUGACAGUGGAACUACCGCCUCUUCUCGACGAAUCUGAUCUUCAUAUUGCGCAGUGGACGCUGGUUAUACUCAAAUCCAUCGCCGAGUACUACCCGAAAGCGCUUCAUAAUAUCUCGAAAACUAUUCUACCGGACGUAAUGAAUUUGGUGCGAUCACCACUGCUGCAAGGCGCAGCGCUUGCAUCAAUGCUUGAUUUCUUCAAAGCGUUGGUUAAGUGUAAGAUACCUGGAUGUGGUUACGAUGAGUUGCUGCACUUGUUAUUGCAACCGGUGCUUUUGAAUGGUAAUCAGAUUAUUCACAAACAAGCGUACUAUUCGCUUGCGAAGUGUGUGGCCGCCAUUACCACGGUUUGCUCGAACAAAGCGCUGCCAGUUGUGCAGAAGUUUAUCUAUGAUAUUAAGAAUGCUAAUAAUGAUAGUCAUCAUAUCUUUGGACUUUUGAUUAUUGGUGAAAUCGGGCGUAAUAUUGAUUUGACAGCUGCUGGUAAUUUAGAGUCUGAUAUAAUCGAGUCAUUCUCGCAUAUUUCGGAAGAAAUCAAAUCUGCUGCGAGUUAUGCACUUGGAAGCAUUGCCAUCGGUAACUUACGACAAUAUCUACCUAUUAUAUUAAAGGAAAUCGAGAAUCAACCCAAAAGACAAUACUUAUUACUUCAUUCAUUGAAGGAGAUAAUAACUUGUUUGUCAGCAUCUGCUGAUGGCACCCAACAGUUACUCCCAUAUGUCCCUGCCAUUUGGAAGCAAUUAUUCCGUCAUUGCGAAUGCGCCGAGGAAGGAACUCGUAAUGUAGUCGCCGAAUGCCUUGGCAAGUUGACACUUAUUGAUCCUGCGAAUCUACUCAUCAAACUACAAGAAAGUCUCAGCUCCCCAUCGCCGUUAAUGCGCACCACUGUCGUGACGGCUGUUAAAUUCACCAUUUCCGACCAGCCGCAGACGAUUGAUCCUUUGCUCAGGCAAUGCAUAGGUCAAUUUUUGAACACGCUACAAGAUCCGGACGUGAAUGUGCGUCGCGUUGCCCUCAUUGCGUUCAAUUCAGCGGCGCAUAAUAAACCUUCUUUGAUUCGUGACCUGCUUGAUACAAUCCUGCCGCAAUUAUACAGUGAAACCAAAGUCAAGAAAGAUUUAAUCCGUGAAGUGGAGAUGGGUCCGUUUAAACACGUCGUUGAUGAUGGUUUAGACAUUCGUAAAGCAGCUUUUGAGUGUAUGUACACUCUCCUUGAUUCGUGCGUGGAUCGCAUUGAUAUUUUCGAGUUCUUGAACCAAGUGGAGAGCGGCCUGAAGGAUCACUACGAUAUUAAAAUGUUGACGUACUUAAUGGCGGCUAGAUUAUCACAGAUUUGCCCUGGAGCGGUUUUGCAGCGUUUGGAUAGACUAGUGGAACCAUUAAGAGUGACUUGCACGAUGAAAGUUAAGGCAAACUCGGUGAAACAGGAAUAUGAAAAACAAGAUGAGUUGAAACGGUCGGCGAUGCGUGCGGUUGCCGCAUUGUUGACAAUUCCCGAUGCUGAUAAAAAUCCACAUUUGCACGAGUUUGUCACGCAAAUCAAGACAUCGCCGGAUCUGCAGCCGAUUUUCGAAUCAAUUCAGAAGGAUUCGAACGGCUCGCAUCAUGAUUACCUGAUGGAUCAGAGUUAAGCGUCCGUUUUUUAUUUUUGUGCGGAUAAUGGUUAUAAAUACUUCAUUUACUCUUAAUUCGUUUAGUUUGUUAGGUGGAGUACUACAAGCGAUGCAGUGCGUUCAUUUUGCGUCAUGUUUAUUAUAUUAGAACUGAAAGCGAAUCAAUGUGUAAUAAAAUUUUGCACUUUG